AUGCCCCCCCCCUCUGACAACGCCCAGCAUUCAACCAAACCCGACGCCUCAUUGCCCUCUUUCAAAGCCAUCCCAACCUCGGGCACGUUAACCUCCUUCACGAGCCCCAUCGACACUGGAACCACCGCACUCUCUACAUUGGCUGCCAUCGCCGACGCUGCCGACCCCACAUCCCCUCCCGCUAACGAGGUAGCAUCCAUCAACGCCGCCGCCGUUUCGAUUGCAUACCCCGAGGCGGACGGUAACAGCGGCGACGAAUCGAAGCCACGCAAGGGCAAGGCCAGAGUUCGAGCGAAUGUUAGAGUUGGCAAGGCGAAACCUCGGGGGAAGCCCUCUGCGCCAGCUGCUGCUGCGAACGAGAAGAAAGAGAACGGCGUCAAAGUUAAUGGCGCCGCCUCUUCCAAUCCUUCGGUCGAUUCUGGAGACAACAUUCCUUCGCCAACGACGAAGAAAGGCCCUCCUGUACUUCAGAUUGAUACUACUGUCGAGGAGCCUGCGGACGAUGCGGCUGCUGCGAUUGCCGAUGACGACGAUAUGGACGUUUCCAUGGAGCAUGAAGACGCCGAACCAGAGGAGGAGGAGGAAGAAGAGGAGGAGGAAGAAGAGGAGGAGGAAGAGGAAGAAGAGGAGGAGGAAGAGGAAGAAGAGGAGGAGGAAGAGGAAGAAGAGGAGGAGGAGGAAGAGGACGGUGAAGAAGAGCGUGAAGAGUCCACCCAUGAAGAGGAGGAGGCAGAACCUGUUGAUGGAGAAGCAGCCGACGGUGAGCAGGAGAACGAAGAGGAGGCGGUCGAAGGAGAAGGUGACGGCGAGGAGAAUGAGGGUGAAGGAGACGAAGACCACGAGAACGAGCAGGACCAAGAAGAUGCUGAAGCCGAACAAGACAAUGAAGAGGGCGAAGAGGGCGACAAUGACGAGGAUCCUUCGCCUGGCGAUGUAGACGCCGAUGUCGAAGAUCACGAUGGCAAUUUGCAACCUGCUCAUCGCGCGGAAGCCCUAGACGUUUUGGCCACCAUUGAACUCAAAUUCGCUCUACUCAGAGAGCGAGUAUAUGUGGAGAAAAUGGAGGGCUUAGCUUGGGAAGAACUCAUGGUUCAAUCUGCUAUACAUCCGGAAAUGCUACAUUUACAAAAAGAGCUUUCCCAACGAAGAGACAAGCGCCUCGAGCUCGCUUCGAGGAAGCGCUCCUACGAAGUCGCCAACGCGGAAGCUCGUCGAAAGGCGGAUGAAUCAGGAGUUUGGAGCUGGUGGAAGGUUGCCAGAGAUGAUCUUCAGACCGAAAUGAUCGCUGAAAUGAGCAGAAAGCGACGCCGAAUGGAAAGGGAUAGACGAACAGCUGAGAAACAUCAACCGCCACGGCGCAUUCCAGUGCAGCAAUACAUCGCUGUUCCACCUCCAUUGCCUAAUAUGCGCAAAAUCGUCAAAUCUUAUCCGUUCGGAAGUCGAAAACAUAAUAAAGCUGAUGCGCAUCACCAUCACCACGCCCACCACCCUAAAAAUCUGGUGUAUCCUGAAAUAUCCACCCUUUCUGCAACAGACAUUGCCAACGACCUGGAAUUCUUGUUCCAGAAUAGCAAAGCGUCCGCCGCGUACGACGUUCAGCAAUCUCUUCAUUCGCAUCAUCAUCAUCCCCAACAAACCUAUUCAUCAUCUUUCGGACCUCUCCCACCACGAAACGGAAUCAGUGGCAUGGGUGUGGGCAUGGGCAGAUCAUCCAGUAUGGGUAUCACGUCCAAUGGUCCACCUCUAUCUUCUCAUAUGCCUCCGCCAUCAUCAAUGGGGCCUCCUCAUUCCAAUUCAAUGAUGCAGCCGCAUCAGCACGGUAUGGGGUAUGAUCAGUACGGUGAUAUCCCACCAUCCUUCGGUCCCGGAGGGCCACCACCACCACAGGGUAGAAUGCGCGAUCAAAUGAACAGUAAUUCAUAUCCCCCACAGGGACCUGGAGGCAUGAUGCCGGUUGGACCUUCGUCGAACAACUCGAGGGACCUCAACUCGUACUCGAAUUUCCCAGGCGCAGGCGGACGCUCGCAGUCGCAUUCUCAUGGGCCGCCAAUGCCUAUGUCGGGUGGAGGACAUGGCAACGGUAACGGAUACCCUGGAGAUCAUGAAAUGAGUAGUAUUGGUCCUGGUGGACAAGGCAAUUCUACAGGAGUUGGGCACCAGAUACAUCCGUACCAUCCGUACUUCGGUCAAAACAGCAUGGGCCCUGGGCCAGGUAACCAACACUCCCAGCAGCAACAGCAACAAUCUCAUCAACCACCUCCACCGCAUAUGUCAAGCCAUCACAGUGAAAAUGUGAAGAGUGGGAUGAACGGCCGUAGGUCAGUGUCUCCUGGUCCGAUGAUGUCGAAUGGUGCUCGGAGUGGCCAUGGACCCGGUGCCAAGUCGAACGGCAAUUGGAUGGGAGCAGGCAUGGGUAUGCCCUCAUAUAACCUAUGUGGGGGUGGGGGUGGCAAGGGAGAUUGGGACCCAAGGCUAUUGCAAGAAGAGGAAGAAAGAGAGCGGAUGGCUCGAGAUAGGGACCUUCGGGAGAGAAAGAGAGACGCGAACGCGAACGCGACAAUAUGGAGUGCGAGAGGAUUCGAAGAGACCGAGAAUUCCAGAAGAUGGACCGGGAGCAAGAGAAGACGCGAGCAUCACAUGCAGCAGCAACAUCGUUCUGCCCUGCCAGGUUCGUCGCACCCAAGCCUUUCACAUUUGCAUGCUGGUUUCACAGGUGGACCGCCCCCGCCCCGUCCGCCCCAAAGAUCUGGCAUCAUACCCUUCAUCACCACCAUCGAAUCCACCAUCACCACGUCGUUCAUCACCAUCACGGGCAAGCGUCGCAGCACGCGUCGUCCUCACUGCCGCCUUCUAGGGGUCCACCUGCCUUCAUACACAGUCCGAGGUCGACUCGAGAUUACGAGAGCUCGCGGCCUCCAUUGCUGCAUGCCAGCUCAGGACCCAGCCAUUCUCAUUCAACGGAAAUAUGGAAAGGGAGUCUGGUCAUUGAAGACCGUCAUCGCUCUCAUCUUGACUUCAGAGACAGAGAUCGGGACCCAAGGGACAGAAACAGAGACAGAGAGCGGGAAAGGGAUCGAGAAAGAGAGAGGGAAAGGGACAGGGAUUCCAGGAAAAUUCUUCCUUCAAGACACUCCUCUGGCCCUCCUAUACACCCUCUCGACGACCGAGGCGAUCGACCCAUGGCUAUGCCCUUCGUCAUGGCGUCCUGUCAGGCUAUGCAACAAACCUCUGCAGGCUCGUCCUCCGGCUCUCACAUGA